GUUACUUGCCGGUCCUAAGCCCAGAUAAAAAGGGAAGGUUGGGCAUAGGGCUAACAACCCUACCCCGUAAAACCAAUCCAACCGCUACAGAAACUUCAAAGCACAAAGAAAUUACAAAAAACAGAAACAAACUUAUUCCUCACUGGAAUCGGGGAGACGAAAUGACGCCGGUUGGUGAAAGCCUUCGGGAAGCCAAUUGGCCGAUGUGUCUUCUCUUCUCUCGAUGAAAGCCAAAGUGAGAAUGGAGACGUAGAAUGUCCGAACAAUGUUUGAAGCUGGCUGGCAAGGCUGCCUAGAUUGCCAAAGAGAUGAGAAGGUAUAGCAUAGAAGUGCUAGGAAUCUGCGAAAGCAGAUGCAAUAGAAGUAGACUCUCCCAACUGUCAACUGGAGAGUCAAUAAUCUACUCCGGUCACCCAGAAGACAACCAUGAGCACACUGAGUUUUGGAGUGGCUAUCAUGAUGUCCCCGAGAGCAUCGAAGGGUCUCAUACAGUGGGAAUCAAUCUUCUCCACCAUCAGGAUCAUGACAGCAAGGUUCAACUCAAAAGGAAGGAAAGUCACAAUCAUACAACGCCACGCUAUGCACCUACAAAUAUUGCAGAUGAAGAGAAGAAGGAGGAAUUCUGCAGAAAACUGCAAUCAGUACUGGACAAAACCCAAGUCCAGAUGGCGACAUUAAAAUUCUAAUGGGUGACAUGAAUUCCAACAAACUACAGAUAUUCAUCAGCAAUUGCCUACGCUCGUUACUGAAGAUCAGGUGGUCAGAAAGAAUAAGCAACAAAGGAACUUUGGCAACGAACCAACCAAGAACCUAUGCAGAAGAAAGUGGA